CAACACACACACCGAAUUUAUUUAUGUGUUAAAUGUCUUAUUAUGUAUUAUUGUGUCAACCUUACUAACUAAUACCAGUGUAAAUAUAUGACUAUAGGGGUGUUAUUUCAUGCCCAGAGGGCUCUAAUAGGUUGUUACUUUGUGGAAAAUCAUUUAUCAGAGUCCGGAACCAAUUAACCACAAUAAAUGGUAGAUUACUGUCCAAAAGUCAAUACCCCCGCCACGUUGUCAUGGCGACCAUAAUAAACAAGACUCCAUUAACGCAGUGGCAUCUCAGUGUGUGAAUAAAGAGGGUAAAAAAAAUACUAUUGAAGUGAUUCUCUCAUGGGAGAUUUAUUCAACAAUAUUUUACCAAGCCACUGAAGGGCAAAUGUUCAGUGUGUUUUCUUUUUUUUUUUUUUCUUUUUGAAGCUGUAGACAUAAGGGCAUGAGGGAACACGAGCAGACAUAAUAGGAGGGAAGUGAGUUACAUAAGGGAAAGACGAGAGAGAGAGAAGGCAAUAUUAGUAAUUUGAGUAAAAGAUUAAUUGACGAGUCAAGUGGGACAUGUGAAAACAAAACCGCAACCUUCUGACAAAAUGUUUAUAAUAUAUAUAAAAACUAUCAAAAAGCUUUGAUAUUUCAGUAUGCAGUUCUUGGUGGAAAAACUAUUUUCUAAUUGGGAAGAAACAGCCAGACAGUUUAUUCAGUGCACAAAAAAGAACAAAAGAAAAGUGUGAAAAAUAGAUAAAUAAUCUAAGUAUGAAUAGGAGAUGGAUAAAAGGAGCAAAGUAGAUUAGAAAGCAAGGUAAAAUGAGCUAAAGGAAAAGUGUGCACCGUAAAAGGAUGUCAGGUGACAGGAAACGAGAGAAGGUUGUGGCGAAAAGAAGGGAAGACAGGUUGCAAGGUGUGAAGAAUGAAAGGAGAACAAUGGAUGAAAUGUGACAUUGUGAGGGAAUACGGUGAGGUGUGACUACAGAAAGUAGGGGAAAAGGAAAAGGAUACAGAAGGAGACAAGGUGUGAGGAAGAGAGUGUGUAAAACAAGGGAGGAGGCUAGGAGUCAGAGAAGGAGGACACAUAUAUGAAUAAGGGAGUGGGGAAAGGAAAAAGGACAGGGCAGGAUGAGUGGAGUAAAUAAAGCGAGUGGAAAAAGUGAAGGAGCCAGUUCAAAGGCAAAAGGGGGGGUGUCCAUAUUUCACUGUGGAAAGUUCAAAGAGCGGCAGCAACGGCGCGCGUGCCCGCCUGUGUCUGCGUGAGCGUGCUUCCGUGCGCGCGCGUGCGGCGGAAAAGGCGGGAGGGCGGCAAAGAGGAGGGGCAAUGCGCGCUCUCUCUCCCUGCCUACUUUGCAUAUUCCACGCGCCUCGGCUCGGCCAUAUGGGAAAAUGCAACUGAAGGAAUUGUCGGCCGGAAGAAGAAAAAAAAGAGUUUGACAUCGUCACGAAGCCAGAAAAGUUAGUGCGCGACACAGGAAGAAGAAGCUAGACUGUAGAAGACGACAGGACAGGAGGCGAAGUGCGAGUAAAAAAAAAAUACGAAACGAGAGAGGGGACAGGAGAGAAGAGCUUUUCUUCCUUCCACGGAGGAGAGGAACGAUGUAUUGCGCCUACACCAUCCCGGGGAUGACUGGCAGCUCGCUGAUGUACUACUACAAUGGAAAAGCGGUGUAUGCGCCAUCUGCAAGUACAGCCGACUACAACCGGGAUUCACCGGGAUAUCCCAACUCCAAACCUGGUUUCCCAAGCUCAUUCUUUAUGCCAGACGGUCACCACAGUGGCGAUCCCUGGAGCAGCAGUAGCAGCAAUAUCAGCCAACAGGGUUAUCACGGCAGCAUGUUGGGAGGGGGCAACUCGGCACAUGGCCCAGCGCAGAGCUCCUCGUAUUGUGGGAUUCACCCUCACGACAGACUGAGCUAUCCAGCACAUUCAUCAGCAGACAUAAACUCCAGCCUUCCCCCAAUGUCCAGCUUCCACAGAGGAGGGGGAAGCGGGAGUGGGGCCAAUCACUACAGCACCACCUCUUGCACCACUUCCACCAACGGCACAGACAGCAUGGCUAACCGAGCACAGAGUGGAGCAGCCAGCAGCUCACAGACAGGAGACGCCUUAGGGAAAGCACUCGCAUCGAUCUACUCCCCAGACCACACAAACAACAGCUACUCAUCCAAUCCCUCCACCCCGGUCGGCUCCCCGCCCACACUCACAGCUGCCAGCUCAGCUGUCUGGUCCAGGAACGGCGGACAGGGAGCAUCAUCACCAAACUAUGAGGCUCCACUCCACUCGCUGCAAAGUCGCAUCGAGGACCGACUGGAGCGCUUGGACGAUGCCAUCCAUGUACUGCGAAGCCAUGCUGUGGGACCUUCAACGGGCAUGACCAGUGGGCACAGUGACAUGCACAACCUCAUCGGGGCUGCACAUACACACAACGGUUCCAUGGGCUCUCUGGGAAGUGGCUACGGAACUGGACUGCUGUCGGGCAACAGACACUCCCUCAUGGUGGGUUCUCACAGAGAAGACAACGGCAUGGGCAGUUUACGUGGUGGACAUUCCAUGGGGGCAGUGCCCCAGCUGCCCGCUCAGUCAGCCACCUCGCCGGAUCUCGGCCAACCUGACCCUUACCGAGCGCUGUCUGGAGGCCUUCAGGGCCAGAGCACAUCUUCUGUCAGCUCGGAGAUCAAAUCAGAGGAUGAGGGUGACGAAAACCUCCUGCAGGACUCCAAGCCCUUGGACCCCAAGAAGGAAGACCUCGACAGCAAGGAUCUCAAAGCAAUUGAUAGCAACAACGAUGAUGAGGAUCUAUCCCCAGAGCAGAAGAUGGAGCGGGAAAGGGAACGGAGAAUGGCCAACAAUGCCCGGGAACGCCUGCGAGUACGUGACAUCAAUGAGGCGUUCAAGGAACUGGGCAGAAUGGUCCAGUUGCACUUAAAGAGCGACAAACCGCAGACCAAGCUACUCAUCCUUCACCAGGCGGUGGCAGUCAUCCUCAGUCUGGAGCAACAAGUCAGAGAGAGAAACCUAAACCCAAAGGCAGCCUGCCUGAAACGCCGCGAGGAGGAGAAGGUCACUGUGACGUCAGACGGGACUCCCCUCUCAUUGGCUGCUGCACACCACGCCGCCAUGGGCGAUGGGUCAAACCCCUUGGGACAAAUGUAAAAUGCAGCAACAUCUUCUCCUCCAUGAAUGGUCCAAGGUGCCAGAGUUCAUCAAGAUGAUGAGUGACCACUUCCUCUGACAGCGUUUCCACGGACAACCCAGCAAUCAAUCAAAGCCACUGUCGCUUCAGCCAGACCAAUCAAGAUCCUACAGAAUUUUUGUCUGACCGGUCACAUCGGCCUCAAUGUCUCCCGUCAUGUGUCUCUCACCUUCAUCUCCAUCUUUGUGUCCUUCUUCGAAAAAAAAAAACCAACAAACUGCCGAAACACAUGACUCACUUUGCAUCUCCAGCUGGAAUUAACUUCGUACAAUGGCCGAUGUAACAGGGCUGCUAUCAAGUGGCUGUUUUUUUUUUGGGGGGGGGGGUUGUCAAUGGACGAAAAAAAAACAACUAUGGAAUCGCCAAUCAUUCAAGAAAUCCUUCAAAACUACAAGCAUUCCCAGUUUUAAAGAACGUUGGGCUUCUAUAUAAGAUAUAUGUAGUACUGUAUAUGUAUAUUAGAAAAAGAAAAAUGUAAAAAAAAAAACACACAGAGCAUGGGGGAGGCAAACAAAACAUAUCAAGUGUUGAAAUACUUUUUUUUUUUUAGAACGACAUUGUGCAGCCUCAGCAUGUCUCUGAUUGAACGGCAAACCAAUGCCACACUGUGGAUGAAGCUGUGCCUGACGUCCUCUUGGAUGCAAAACAGUCAGAUGGAUACACACGGAGAAACAAUGCAAACCGCACUGGUAGGUCCCCCCCCCAUGUCAGGACCAGCCUUUUAGCGAGGCUGUCAGAUGGCAAAUCAAUCAAGAACAACAGUUGAACAUGUCAUUAUUCCCCCUUCAUAUACUUAAGUCAUUUAUUUAAGUGUACUAACUGAUAUCUUUUGAAAGCUGAUACAAACAUAUUGGAGAACACAAAUGGCCUGCACAGAUCUCCUACUAGAGCAAGGACUGACAUAUUUCCAAUCAUGCAGGCGUUCAGAUCCUAGUUCGUUAUUUUGAAUUUGGAAUUUUUUUGAAAAUUGUGGUACCAACCAUGUAGCUAGCCUUAUGGACAAUGAGUGCUUUAGCUCUACCGUUGUCAUCACUACAGUGGAACCUGUUUAAGUCGACGCCCGCUUAUACCGAAAAACUAAAACUAACUAACAAAAUUAUGUUUCUUUUUUAUUAAAAAGUCAACGCCGCCAUGGCCGACCACUUUUGUCAGCAUACAUUCAUUUCUAUGUAAAAUCAGUCUGUUUAUGUUGACAUAUUGUAGUGCGGGUAACGGCAUCUCCUUUCCUCUAAUUGUUAAAAAAUUUAUUUAGAAAGUCAUAAACAUGUUUUCUAUGCGCAAGCUACAACAUCAUUCAUUCAUUUUCUACCGCUUAUCCUCACAAGGGUCACAGGGGUGCUGGAGCCUAUCCCAGCUGUCUUCGGGUGAGAGGCGGGGUACACCCUGGACUGGUGGCCAGCCAAUCACAGGGCACAUAUAGACAAACAACCAUUCACACUCACAUUCAUACCUAUGGACAAUUUGGAGUGGCCAAUUAACCUAGCAUGUUUUUGGAAUGGGGGGGGAAACCGGAGUACCCGGAGAAAACCCACGCAGAACAUACAAACUCCGCACAGAAAUGGCUGAG